GCGACGAGCCGGAGGAGAAAGAACAUGGCGGGCGCAGCGGGGCCUGGGACCGGCCCGGGAUCCGCCGGCGGAGACGGGGAUGACUCGCUGUACCCCAUCGCGGUUUUAAUCGACGAGCUCCGCAAUGAAGAUGUGCAGCUCCGUCUGAACAGUAUUAAGAAAUUAUCAACAAUUGCUCUAGCACUUGGAGUAGAAAGGACCCGAACUGAAUUGCUGCCAUUCCUUACAGAUACGAUUUAUGAUGAAGAUGAAGUGUUGUUAGCUCUUGCUGAGCAACUGGGGAACUUCACAGGCCUGGUGGGAGGUCCUGAUUAUGCCCACUGUCUGCUGCCUCCUUUGGAAAGUCUGGCUACUGUGGAAGAGACCGUGGUUCGAGACAAGGCUGUGGAGUCCCUGAGGCAGAUCUCCCAGGAGCACACGCCCAUUGCUCUGGAAGCCCAUUUUGUGCCUCUGGUGAAACGCCUCGCAAGUGGGGACUGGUUCACCUCUCGCACAUCUGCGUGUGGCUUGUUCAGUGUUUGCUAUCCCAGAGCUUCAAAUGCUGUCAGGGCAGAAAUUAGACAGCACUUCCACUCCCUGUGCUCGGAUGACACGCCAAUGGUACGGCGUGCCGCGGCUUCCAAAUUGGGUGAAUUUGCAAAAGUUCUGGAAUUAGAAAGUGUGAAAACUGAGAUUGUUCCACUGUUCACUAAUCUAGCUUCAGAUGAACAGGAUUCAGUGCGCCUCCUGGCUGUGGAAGCCUGCGUCAGUAUUGCCCAGUUACUCCCUCAAGAUGACCUUGAGGCCUUGGUCAUGCCUACGCUUAGGCAAGCAGCGGAAGAUAAAUCUUGGCGAGUUCGCUAUAUGGUAGCAGACAAAUUUUCAGAGCUCCAGAAAGCUGUGGGUCCUAAAAUCACCCUUAAUGACCUCAUCCCAGCUUUUCAGAACUUACUUAAAGACUGUGAAGCUGAAGUCCGAGCAGCUGCUGCCCAUAAAGUGAAAGAACUUUGUGAGAACUUGCCCAAUGAAGGUAGAGAGACCAUAAUAAUGAAUCAAAUUCUACCCUAUAUAAAGGAGUUAGUAUCUGAUACCAAUCAACAUGUCAAAUCAGCUCUAGCUUCUGUAAUUAUGGGAUUGUCUACUAUUCUGGGUAAAGAGAAUACCAUUGAACAUCUUCUACCUCUUUUUUUAGCUCAGUUAAAGGAUGAGUGUCCUGAAGUUCGUUUGAAUAUCAUCUCUAAUUUGGAUUGUGUCAAUGAAGUGAUCGGGAUCCGUCAGCUCUCUCAAUCUCUCCUUCCUGCCAUUGUGGAACUGGCUGAAGAUGCCAAGUGGAGGGUCCGGCUGGCCAUCAUUGAGUAUAUGCCACUGCUUGCGGGCCAGCUGGUGAGUAUAGGUGCUCUUGAAACUAAAGGGUAGUGCAGAUAAUGGAGCUUUAACCAUGUGUAUGCCAUCCGGGAAGCAGCUACCAAUAACCUCAUGAAAUUAGUUCAGAAGUUUGGUACAGAAUGGGCCCAAAAUACCAUCGUUCCUAAAGUGUUAGUAAUGGCGAAUGACCCCAAUUACCUGCAUAGGAUGACCACUCUGUUCUGCAUCAAUGCACUGGCAGAAGCCUGUGGUCGGGAAAUAACUACCAAGCAAAUGCUGCCCAUCGUCUUAAAAAUGGCAGGAGACCAAGUGGCAAAUGUUCGUUUCAAUGUAGCCAAAUCACUUCAAAAGAUUGGACCAAUUCUAGAUGCUAAUGCUUUGCAGGGAGAAGUGAAGCCGGUGCUGCAGAAGUUAGGUCAGGAUGAAGACAUGGACGUCAAGUACUUUGCACAGGAAGCUAUCAGCGUUCUGGCGUUGGCAUAAUGAACAACAGGAGGGAAAAGCCUUUACUAAAUAAUUAUCACAGAUUUCUAGUCAAUGUGUUCUUAACCUGGGAGGAGAAAAAAAUGGAAAACCUUCAAGAUCUCUUCCAAGCAAAUGGCAACAACAUAGAAGAAAUCAAAUUCCAGUAACUUUCUAAAGAUGAAAUGAGAUUGUUUUUUUCAUCUCUUUGUUGGGAUAAUUAUUUCAGGAUUUCCUAUUGACUGAUACUUCCUAGUUCCUGAUAGCACAGUCAGCUCGUGAUUGUCUCUUAAAGAUUUUUCCUGCACUGUUGGGCUCUUGCCUCCUUGCUUCUGGAUCAAGCCGCAGCCGCUUCCCGUCCAGAGCAAAGUCUGGAUGGGUGUGCACGCAGACUUGGAGCGGGGUGAUUCUCCUGUUGUUUACAUAGGUCUGUGUGAGCUUCUCCAUCAUUCCAAAGUUAAAUGUAAAUGGUUUAGGAUAACUUAUUUUAUAAAUUCUCUACUGGGGGAUAUAUCGAGAUGUCACUGUAAGGAAAACCACGUUUUCCUGGGUUCUGAUGGGCUGCUCCAGUGUCUCACAGGAAAGGGGAAUGUGGAAACUCAGGGUUAACAUGUUGGUUGAUCUGCUUUGUAUUUGCUUGAUUUCGUCUGUAAUCAUGACAUUGAGAAACUUGAAGUGUUGGAUGUAUCUUGCUGCUAAUGUGUGACGUUGACACCUAACCAUUUCAAUGGCUUGCCAUUGUGACUGCCGUAAAUUCUCUCUUCUCUUCUGAGGAGCUUCCACCGUGCUCCUCCUACAGCGCAGUAGUUGUACUGUCCUACAACUGCAGGACUGCAGUUCGUCUUUGGAAUGAGUGGUGGACCCCACCACCCCACCUUGCGGGUUUCCCAGACUGCCCGGCUCUGCCCCCCACAGUGCGGAUGUCACGCUCCAACUCAGGUUUCGUUGCUAAUUUUUUGGUACGGGUGAUGCUGGAAUCUUAUUUGAAGUGUUUACUUUUCUACUUUUACAGUAAAACCUCAUUAAUUCCUCCUGGAAUUUAAGGUAGUAAGUUGGGCUAAAGGAUUCGCUGAAGCAAAUGAAUAGCCUGCAAGAAGCCUGUUCAUACACGUCACCAGUUUUAAAACUCGCGUGUCAUUUGCCAGCAGACAUGCAGCCCCCAUGCAGUUACUUGCAGUUACUUCACAUGCUUCCCUGGGGGUCUCUAAGAGCUCCCAUCUUUUUUUUUUUGCUGAAGACAGUGUGCUUUUUAAUCCUUGAAAUAUAUGCAUUUAUAUUUCAUGAGAGUUUAUGUUUCUUGCAAAUAAACGUGUUUUUCACCUAAUCAAACUGUGUGGCUAACAAAUUCUAGUUAAUGAGGUCUUACUAUAGUAUAGUUUUCUCUCAGUGCUUCUUGUUGUAGUUGGGUGUUAGUUACUGUUUUGGUUUUGGAAUUCAUUUCAUUUGCUGCCUCUUUUAAAUCAACUAAGCUGUUUUGUUUUAUGAAGGUCCAAAGACACCUAUAUAACUUAUUAAACAAUUAUAUAAACUGAA